AUGAGGUGCUGCAAGGCACAAAGAAACAAGAAGGGCAAAGGUGAUGCGCCUGUCGUUCCGGAACGAAAGAGAGGUAUCAUUGUCAAGACGGAAUGCCCUGUCCGGUGUAAGCUGAACGUAGAUGGAGCACCGUGGGUGGUCACUAAAUAUUUUGACGAGCACAACCACGAGCUAAUAAAGAAGUUUGACCUGGUAAAAUUUCUGACCGCCCACAGAGGAUUCACCCCCCUCGAGAAGAAAUUCAUAAAGCUGCUACAUGAUUGUAACGUCGGUCCAUCAAGAAUGGUGCAGAUACUCUCCCUCAUCCACAGCAAAAGGGGGUCUCUGAGUAGCAUGCCCUACCUACCAGCAGAUGUCACAAACCUAAAGGCAAAGUACCGUAGAGAAAGCAAGUUGGCUGACAUAGAAGCCACGAUAGCCUACUUCGAUGAGAAAGCGAAAGAAGAUCAAGAUUUCUUCUACAGGAUAAUAUUGGACGAUGAGGACCGUGUCAGGAACAUGUAUUGGGUGGAUGGUGCUGCAAGAAGAGCCUACAAACAUUUCCGAGACUGCAUUUCUUUCGACGCGACAUAUCUCACUAAUAUGUACAAGAUGCCAUGCGCUCCAUUCAUAGGAAUAAAUAACCACAAUCAGCCAUUGCAGUUCGGAUGCGGGCUCGUUCGGAGCGAAGACACGGAUGGGUACGUUUGGCUGUUCAAGACCUUCUUGGAGUGCAUGGGUGGACUUGCUCCGAUGAACAUAAUAACAGACCAGGAUUUUAGCAUGCGUGCAGGCAUAGAGGAGGUCUUUCCGUUGGCAGUGCACAUGCACUGCAGGUGGCACAUUAUAAAGAAGGCUGAGGAGACACUAGGACCGUUCUUUGCUGACUGUCCAGACCUGCACAAGGCAUUCGAGCUGUGCGUGGACCACAGCUUGACGGUGGAGGAGUUUGAAAGGAGCUGGAUGGCUAUGAUUGAAACAUAUCAAGUCCAAGACCACGAGACGCUUGCUAGCUUGUGGGAGAAGCGAAUGUACUGGGUGCCGGCCUACUUCAUGCAGUGCUUCUUCCCGUUUCUGCAUACUACACAGCGCAGUGAGGGGUUCAAUGCUGUUUUGAAGCGGUACGUGAGCCCUGGCAACUCAUUGCUACAGUUUGCCAAGCAGUACACCGAUUUGCAACAAAAAAUACUGGGAUCCGAGCUACAGCAAGAAGCAAACACCGCGCUCAAGCAGCCAAAAUUGCUAACGUAUUUACCAAUGGAGAGGCAGAUGAGCAAGAUAUACACCAACACGAUUUUUAAUAAGUAA